UGAAUCAAGUUGAUUAUAGCCAUUUCUCUGGUCUCUUAAAGACAAAUGCAAAGAAAAUCUUCCAGAAGGGUUUCUUGAAAGAACAAAAGAGAAAGGAAUGGUGGUUUCUUGGGCACCACAGAGAGAGAUUCUGCAACAUGGUUCAGUUGGUGUGUUUGUAAACCAUGGAGGAUAUCAUUCAUUGCAGGAGAGUAUAUUGGGUGGAGUGCCAGUGAUUUGUAGGUCAGUUUGGGCAGAUAAUCAUAUAAAUGCAAAAAUUGCGGAGGAGGUGUGGGGGAUUGGAGUGAGAGUUGAAGAUAGAGUUAUCACUAAAAAUAGAAUGGUUAAGUGUUUGGAAAUGGUUUUUGAGCAGGAAAAAAUGAAGAAAAUGAGACAGGCAUGUGAUGAACUUAAACAAGUUUUGAUCAAAGCUGAUGGUCCUGAUUCUGUUGCUGCUAAGAAUCUGAAGACUUUGUUGCAGUUAAUUAGUGGCUAAAUUAGAGAGAAGAAGCACGUUAUUAUUUAUAUGUAUACUAUACUUCUAAAUAAUUAAGAGCAUACAUAUAAAAUGCGUAAGAAAAUAAAUUAAGAGCAGGUUGAAUUUUAAUUUUAAAUUUGUGGAUGAUGUACUAUGCAUUUUGUGAAAUUACUGUCAAAUAAACCGUACUUAAUUGCUAUUUGAUA